AUGGCGACCCGACCAUCAUCCUUGGAGUCUCCUCCCGGAUCUUGUUCUAUGGACCAUACACCGGAGAGACAUGUCCGGUCGGAGACUGUCACAUUUGCUGUUGCACCCAGCGAGAACAGGAGUCCUCGCCGAAGUAGUCGAAUUAAGAAGAACCCUUCCAUUACUCCAAACCGCUUUACUCGAUUUUUUACCCCGAGACCCCAGAACGCAAAGCGUUCCGUUCGAACUUCUAGGAAAGCCUUGCGAGAACUUUCUGCCGUCAACCUUAACAGUCGGUCAGGAGCCAAUCAGUCCUCAGAAGUCUCUAUGAGCGAACAUUGUCAACCGCCAUCAAAGAAGCGGAAGCUCUCCUUCACGUCAAUAGCAUCGAUUCCAUCUUCGCCAAUCAAGGUUAAUUAUCGAUUCCCCAACAGCCAGGAAUCUCCUGCGGGAGAGGGAGUGACGCCAGAUGCCAAGGAUGAUGACGCUCUUUAUUCGGAGACGGAUGACGAGGAUGAAGAAGAAGAAUUGUCGCCUUUGCUGCAAUAUCCUCCAAGGGUAGCUCGGUAUCAAUCUAUAAGCACCUCGGCGGGGUUAUUAUCACGACAACUGGGGAGAAGAAAAGAGAUUCCUUUUGGUAACGACAGCAAUCUAUGGCAGCAUGAAACCUCAAAUUUCUACAGUCUGCCAGAAGACUUCUUCAACAAUGCCUCCAUCAAUAUCCGACCUCGAGCUCUACCAUUCUGUGCCGCCAGUUUCAACCAUCAACAAUCUGUCGCCAUCGGAAAUGAAGAUGGCCUGGUCGAAGUAUACCGAGCUUCGGAACGGUCCCCAGAUGAUCCCGGUAGUCUGCGGAUUCAAUACUUCAUGUAUCCUCAUGACAAUGCGGUAAUGGACAUGGAAUUUUCAUGUGACGAUAAACUCCUCGCAACGGCGUCCGGAGACCAAUCCUGUCGAAUUAUCGACAUGGACACACUGAUGGCCACCCAUACGUUGGUCGGCCAUACGGGCUCCAUAAAACGCGUGCAAUGGCAGCCAGGCUCGGGGAAUCACGUCCUGGCAACCUGCUCCCGGGAUGGCAGCGUCCGUCUGUGGGAUCUACGGUGUGCCCAGCAAGGAAUAUUGAAUAUCCAACCCCUCGUACGCGCACCUCACCUUCUUAAUAACAGUAGAGAAGUCAACGCUCAAGUCGAGAUACGGGAUGCACACACGUCUUGGGACAAGCUCAAACACGUGAAUGGUAAACGUCAAGUAGCAGGACUUUCCUCCAAGGUUGAUUUUGCGGUCACCACCUGUGCUUUCAUUAGCGACACGCGCCCACAUAUGCUUGCGACAGCUUCGGAACACAACGCCAUUAUCAAACUAUGGGAUAUGCGGGCAUCAUACAAACAGCGAUCUGGCAGACCUACCCCCGUUUCCGCAACUCUCGAACCAAACAGUCAUGAAGUCCUGCGACCCUUCGGCGUGACGUCCGUGGUCAUGAACACCGACGGCUCCAGGCUGUAUACUCUCUGCCGAGACAAUACCAUCUAUGCCUAUUCGACCGCUCAUCUUGUGCUCGGCGGAUGUCCGGAGAUGUCAUUAGCGUCAAGUCAACCGUCUCGAGCUUCUCGCACCGCUGGGCAAGGCCUAGGUCCGUUGUACGGCUUCCGCGAUCCCUCACUGCGUCUGGGUUCUUUCUACGACAAACUCGCCCUCCGCCGCAAGACAAGCGAGAAUACUGAAAUGCUGGCCGCUGGUUCAGGCGAAGAUUGCGCGGUGAUCUUCCCUACUGACGAGCGUUAUCUGACUAAAGCUGCACGGCGUUGUCCUGCAGUCGUCUCCCGCUCCAACACCUCAUCCCGCUCACGACCCCGUCUCCCUCGACAGGCCUCAUCAGUCAACAUCCUCUCCAAUUCGUUAUCGACGUCAAAUUCGUUUCAAGACGUCCAAAUGGAAGGCCAAUGUCCAAUUUACUAUACAGGCACCCCUCUCAUCAACGGUCAUACGAAGGAAGUCACCGCGGUGGCCUGGGUUCAUCACAAUGGCCAAUUAACCACUGUCGCAGAUGACUACACGGCGAGAUGCUGGUUUGAGGAUGAUCCAAGCAAGGCGAGAGCGCUGAGGCUGAAUACCGAGCGAGACGGGAAGAGGAAUCAGAGUGGAUGGGCCACUGUUAGGCAAGGUUUUGAUGACGAUGAGGACGAGGCCUGA